GUAUCGCGAUACUUUGUUACAUUCCGUGAGAAUUUGUUUCCUUUGUGUGGAGCGGGGAGACGCAAACAGCUGAAAGCUAAUUUGCUGUUUAACAAGCCCGCUUGUAAGCUUAGCAUCAGCAUAUCAUCCGUUCGUGGUUCGAUAUAGGAAAUUGGCCCGACCGUCAGUCAUCUGUCCGUCACGGUAUCAGACGCAGCGAAAUACCUGAGUUGUCUCCAUGGCACUAAGACGAGGACACAUCAGGUACCUGAAGGUUUGUGAGGUUCAGACGUCUCAGAGUGACGCCAGAGACGGUCAACACGUCGCUAAAGGAGCUGUUGGAAAGGACGCGUAUGAUAACGGGUACAGCGAGCAGAUGAUGGAGGACGAAGACAGCCGGACCAACCUGAUCGUCAACUACCUGCCGCAGAGCAUGAGCCAGGACGAACUGCGCAGUCUGUUCAGCAGCGUGGGCGAAGUCGAGUCCGCCAAGCUCAUCAGGGACAAAGUGGCAGGCCACAGUUUAGGUUACGGCUUUGUUAACUUUGUUAACCCUAAUGAUGCAGAGAGGGCUAUCAGUACCCUCAAUGGCCUGAGGCUACAGUCUAAAACUAUCAAGGUUUCAUUUGCACGGCCGAGUUCGGACAUGAUCAAAGAUGCUAAUCUGUAUAUCAGCGGGCUGCCGAGGACGAUGAGCCAGCAGGACCUGGAGGACAUGUUCUCUCGCUAUGGAAACAUCAUCAACUCCAGAGUGCUGGUGGACCAGGCCUCCGGUCUGUCACGAGGUGUGGCGUUCAUCCGGUUCGAUAAGAGGUCUGAGGCCGAGGACGCCGUCAAACACCUCAAUGGUCACACGCCCCCUGGCAGCUCUGAGCCAAUCACAGUCAAGUUCGCCACCAAUCCAAACCAGGCCCGGAGCUCCCAGAUGAUGUCACAGAUGUACCAUGGGCAGUCACGGCGCUUCGGAGGACCCGUCCAUCAUCAGGCCCAGAGGUUCAGGUUUUCGCCAAUGAGCGUUGAUCACAUGGGCGGCAGUGGCGGAGUCUCUGGGAACUCGUCCAGUGGUUGGUGCAUCUUCAUCUAUAAUCUGGGUCAGGACGCAGACGAGGCCAUCCUGUGGCAGAUGUUUGGGCCGUUCGGCGCCGUCGUCAAUGUGAAAGUCAUCCGAGAUUUCAACACCAACAAGUGCAAAGGCUUCGGCUUCGUCACCAUGACGAGCUACGAGGAGGCUGCCAUGGCGAUCCACAGCCUGAACGGGUACCGACUGGGAGACAAAGUCCUGCAGGUGUCCUUCAAGACCAGCAAGGGACACAAGUAGAGAGAGGAGGAAGACGAGCAGAGUCGUGACUGUCUCUUUAGGAAGAAACAAAAAGUCGGAUUUUUUUUUUCCCUUUUCUCUUUUUUUCACUUUGAAGCCGUCAUUUGAGCCGAACAGAUUUCAGGAAGUUGUGUCAGUGUGAGUUUAUUUUUCCCUCCCAGCAUGCCCAGUUUAUUUCAGGCUGUGUGACAUCAUUUAUUUGAGUAAAAAGUUUGGGUCAGUCACUUUAAAUCUAGAUGUGAGCCUGUAAUUUGAAUCCAAAUAACUGCAGAUAAAGAAACUGCCAAUACACCCAAACAAAAACACCCAUUUGGGGUCACUGUAACAUCAUUAAUAAGAGAAGCUCUAAAUGUGCCGUAGGACUUCCUGAUUCAGGGCUGGUUUUGUUUUUAAACAAACAGUUGCUCGGUUUUUCUUUUUCUGUAAAGAAAUGUUAAUUUUCUCCCGCAAACUUUCAAAUAUCCCAGUUACUGGUAUUAUUGUUGUUAUUAAAUGUUUCUCUCACAGACUCAAAUAAUAUAAAAUGUGAGCUUUGUGUAGAAGCGUGUCGGGUGAUUGGCAGCUCUCUUAGCCAAUAAGCACACAGAAGGCGGGGCUAAAGGUCACAUGCAGUUUGUCAAGUUUCUGCAGGAUCACAAAUUUCAUAUUUUUAGAAGCGGCUUUCAGGUAAAACCCACCUGACGUCCAGAAACUGAAGCCCUUUUUUAUGCGUACUGAUCCGUUUUGUUUUCAGUUGCAGCUAAUUGUGAUGUUGGACUGUUUAUCCAGUAAUAAAUCUGUUUAUGGAAA